AUUGUCUAAGUGUAUGCGUCUUAAAUAUUAUUGAUUUAUAAAUAUAAGCUCAAAUGUUAAACAAAUAUUGAAAUUAAAAUGCGGAUAUGCUGAUAAGGAAGAUUACGAUUCAAAUAAUAUAUUAUUAGAAUUGUAAAAUAAACAGAGGUGUUCAGUACGGAAAUAUCACGGACUCUUGGUAUGAUCAGCUAAAAUGGUUACGUCUAACAAACAACCAGAUAAAAAAGUUGUUAAGAUGGCUGAGCAGAAUAACAUAGCAGUGGUACCUCAACGAACUCUUUUAGGGGAAGUCAAUGAACAUAUAACGUGUCCAUUGUGUCGAGGUUAUUACAUAGACGCAACCACCAUAGUGGAAUGUUUACAUUCAUUCUGCCGAAGUUGUAUAAUAAAACAUCUUCAAGUUAAAAGUUACUGCCCUGUUUGUGAAAUGAUGAUUAAUUCAGCAAAACCCAAUAUAAAGUUAGAUAAAGCUCUACAAGAUAUAGUUUACAAACUUGUUCCGGGUCUAUUUCAAAAAGAAAUGGAACGACGUCAGCAAUUUUACGCAUCCAGGCCAGGUCCAGCUGCAUCAGCCACACCAGAACAACGCGGCGAGGAUACAGAACGAAUUAUUUUUAGCCCCGAAGAUGUUAUUUCAUUCUCUUUGGAAUAUGCAGAUGCAACUGAUGCUGAUAGUAUUUCUAGCAAAUCAUCCGAUAGUAAUGAAGCACAACCGUCGUCAUUGACUACGAGAAGAUAUUUACAAUGUCCGGCUGUGGUAAAUAUAAGUCAUCUCAAAAAGUUUCUCAGCAUGAAAUUUGAUAUUGACAGUACACAAUUUGCUAUUGAUAUUUUAUACAAAAGAGUACCUUUACCUGACUAUUACACAUUAAUGGACAUAGCAUAUAUAUAUAACUGGAAAAGAAAUGAACCUAUGAGAUUCUUUUAUCAAAUUAUUGACUAUGUGGCAAUUAGGAAUAGAUUAUUUGAUAUAAAUAGAAAAGGUGGAUCUCAUUUUCCUGAUAGGAAACCAAGCCCAACUUGUACUGAAGAUACAAAUGCAAGUAGCCCAACUCCAAAUCUUAAUGAUCAUGUUUCUGAGGCAUCUUCAGGUACUGAUAGUCCCAUGCCUGAUGAAAAUAAUGUUAAGAAAAUAGGUGAUACUCAAAAGAAAAGUGAUUCAUCAGGACAAAGUGUUGAGGAUGUUAAGGAUGUAAAAUUAAAUAUUGAAAAUAAAUGUAAUUCUAAUAAAAAUGAUGAAGAGGUUGAAAAAUCACAGUUUUUGAAUUCAUUUGAAUUAAAAGCAAAUACUAAUUCUACAUCAUCUAAAUCAUCACCUACCAAAGCAAAUGAUACUGAUGCUGUCACAUCCCCAAAGGAUUGCAGUUCUACCAAAACGUCAACUUCAACGCCUAAGAUCGAAGAGUGUUUAAAAAGAAAGUUUGAAAUUCCCAAAACAUUGCCAGAAAUGAAAAAAAUAAAAAUUGAAAUUGCUAAAGUACCAAUGAGUCAAACAAGUAAUGUGGGAACAUCAAAAACAUUGAAUGUUAAAGAAAAUUCUCAAAAGGUUAAUUCUGAUACUCCUAAUGUUUCUAAAACUAUUGAAGAACCAUCAAAAAUUAGCAUGUCACCUAAUACACAAACAGCUUCUUUAAUACCUCCUAAGGAUAUUAAGCAACCGCAGCAGUCAGUUGUAAAACAACAGCUACAGUCAGAUACCCCUGGACAAAAAAGGGCAGUAGCAGUAACUCAUACUGUCUCAUCUCCAAAGAGGAAACCAUCUGACUCCUCCAUAGUACCACAAUCUUCUUCCUUAGUACAAAAAACUGUAUCACCUUUAAAAUUACAAUUGCCUAAGCCAGAAGUUCCUACAACAAUAAUGAAACAAGGUGAAACACCAAAAGCAACCAUUAAAAAGAUGCCUGAUCUAAAACCGAGUACUCCAGUACUUCCAUCUGCACAACCUAAACAACCAACUUCUGGAAAAUUACGAAUGGAUCUCCUAGCAAAUAAUUGUGAUCCCACAAUAGAUAGAAGCAAAAUAUUAUCGCAAGUUAAAACAUCUCUUCCAAUUCCGAAUACAGCACAACCUUCUGGUGAUCCAUUGAAAUCAUUGUUUGAUUCAUGUAAAAUUAAUAUACCCUCUUCACUGUCAAUAACUCUUACUGAUCAAAAAUUAGAUCCUCGAAAUCUCACGGAUACUAUGAAUACUGAUCCAAAAAAAAAUGUAAUCAACAAAAAUCUUUCAAGUGCUACUAGUACAAGCACACACAAAGUGCCAAGUCCUCCUGUACAUAAUUACAUUGAGAUACUUAAGCUACCUGAUACUGAUCUGAAGAAACAGAAUAAAGUUGAAAAUAUUGGUGAUAAAAGCAAUUCUCAAAAUAAAACAGAAAACAAUAUGGUUCCACCUAAAAUACCUAAUAAAACCUCUGAAUCAUCCACAAAGGGUCCUGUACCGAACUUAAAACCAAUUUCAGAUACAAAAUUAGGAAAACAAGGCGGUAACUACUCUACCCCUAUUACAUUUCAACAAACUUUCGAACAGCAAUUGCAAUCACUGCAAUCUGAUAAAAAACCUAAAGUACCAAAAAAUAAAGCUCAAGUUCCAAAACUAGUACCAGCAACACCUAAACAAUUUAAUGCUGCUAACAAACUUAAUAAUUCUAUUAACAAAACUACUCCAAAUAUGCCCCCAGCAGAAAAUAAGGGAAGCACAGCACUUGAUCUGUCAACUCCACAUAAUAUACAAAGCCAAUUGGGUCCACAACAAACAAAAGCAUUUGAAAAAAUGCAAUCAAUAGCCAACUUGGCUAAAAAACAAAAUAUGCAUCCAAAAAUAUUACCAGUGGCAUUGUCCCAAGCUAAUGUUUUUUCAAAUAUGUCUAAUAGACCUUUGACUACUGGUGCUCAAACUUUAAGAGUUCCAUCAACGAGUAAUAUUAAUCAGUUGAAACUUGAUAAGCUAAAUGCUGGUGGAUCACAAAUGACUUCUCCUAGACAAGAAACAAGUCAAAGAAGCCAGGUCAAGCAUACACCCACUGCAAAUCCAACAGUCCAAUCUCCUAGUUACUCUAACAAUUCAACAAGUAAUGCUCAACCAUCACCAAGAUCACAAACUAGAUCACCUAGCUCAUCUCCAAAAUUAGUAAUAGCUGAAGAAAAACAAGCAAGCAGCUUAGCAUCAGAACACAACAUAAACCAAUCGAAUCAAAUUACAAGUACUCAAUUGCCAAAUGCUAAUCCUGCUAAAACAGAAUCACCCAAGCCUUCCCCAGGUCCUUCCAAAGUAGGGAUGAAAACAUUAAAACCUAUGAUGCCUGCAGGUAAAGUGACAGGUAUUCGACAACCAAUAACUCCUAGUGUUAGUUCAAAUCCAGCAAUAACCAAUCCAGCAGAUUUUCUUCCAAAACCACAAUUAAUUUCUCAUGCCCAUCAAGCAAUAUUGAGACAUCAAAUGGAAAUGCAAAAUGCUUGGCUCAAUAUGGCUACUCUCCAGGCAACUAUCCCUUUUAAAUCUCGCAAGAGAACUAGUUUUAAUGACGCUAAGGAAAAAACGAACAACGAAAACAAAGAUAUUUUAAAUAUUGCAAAAACAAGAAGUACACCCAAGAGACAGUUAGAAGAAGAUAGUAGGGUGAUUUUUGAAGAAAAAUGUUCUCCGAAGAAGAUUCUGAAAAAUCAUAAAGAUAAUAUUCAAACUUUUAAUGAAAAGUCCAUCGUUUCAAAUAAACAAAAUAGUUACUUCUCCACAAAACCCUUAGAGCCACUUGUAAGUCGUGAGAAAGAGAUAGAAUACUUGCAGAAUUUUCUAACUGAACAUCUUGACAAAGAGCAAUCCGCAUCUUUGUAUAUAUCUGGACAACCUGGUACAGGCAAAACUGCGAGUUUGUCUUAUAUAUUACAAGUUCCAAAGAUAAGAGAUGGUUUUAAACAGGUUUAUAUUAACUGUACUAUGAUGAAAUCAGCAGCGAGUAUUUAUAGCAGGAUAUGUAAAGAAUUACAGCUGCCAACGACAGGCACAAGUGAGAAAGCUUGUCACAAUGCUAUUGAAAAUUAUUUAGUAAAAAAACAUAAAAUGAUUCUACUAGUGCUGGACGAGAUCGACCAGCUGGACAGUAAGCGGCAAUCUGUGCUUUACACUGUGUUUGAGUGGGCGGCGCUGCCGGCGGCGCGCUUGGUGUUGGUAGGCGUGGCCAACGCGCUGGACCUCACGCAGCGCGCGCUGCCGCGGCUGCAAGCUCGUUGCGCAAUGCGCCCCGCCACGCUUCACUUCCCGCCCUACACCAAGCAGCAAAUUAUUGACAUAUUCACGCACGUGCUAGCCGCCGAGGACAACACUAAUGUUUUCUCGCCUGUCGCACUCCAGAUGCUAGCAGCUAAAAUUGCUGCCGUAUCCGGUGAUAUGAGGAGAGCAUUAGAUAUUGGACGUAGAGUUAUUGACGUCGCAAGACGUAGUAAAUUUUCUGAACAUCACUCUGUUGACAACAUGAUGAAGGACUCAUCAGUGACAGUAGAAUUGAAACAAGUACUAGAAGUUCUGAACGAUGUGUAUGGAGGUUCGAGACACAUCGAAACGGACGUGGAUGAAGGCCUCCCAAUGCAACAAAAAUUGAUAUUAUGCAGUCUUAUGUUGAUGUUGACCAAAGGCAAAAAUAGAGAAAUUGUCAUGGGAAAACUACACGAUGUUUAUAAAAGAGUGGCGGCGGCGCGCAACAUCGGCGCGCUGGACGCGGGCGAGAUGGCGGGCGCGUGCUCGCUGCUGGAGGCGCGCGGCGCGCUGCGCGUGGCGGGCGGCGGCGCGGCGCGCGCGCGGCGCCUGCGUCUGCUGUGGGACGAGGCCGAGCUGGGCGCCGCGCUGCGGGACCGACCCCUGAUGGCCGCCAUUCUCGCCGACACCGCUUGUCUGGCCUCGUAGGCUGGAACCGUUCCAUGUUCAACGAUUACGUUGAGGUGGAAUAUACGAUAUGGCCAUCGUUAUACAUUUUUUUACACUUUUCCCGACGGUGACUCAUUCGUGAAAGGCAUCAAAGUAACGUUGCAUUUUAUCAUAUUUCAAUUGUGUAUUACCAUAAUGACAUUUUAAGCGUUACGUUAAAUUUUUCGUAAUUUAAUUUAAUGAACGUAAAAAAAGUUAAGUUUGAUGGCAUAUUAUGUACGAAAAAUGCACCUUUUGCCUUGUGUUACAAUUAUGUUAGUGUAUAAGGAUUUUUACUCCAGUGACAGUUUUACUAAUGACCAAAAAUACUUUUAAGUUAUGUAAUGAAAUAAUAACAACGAAUGUGGUAAAUUAUUCGCUAUUGGUAAGUUAUUUAACAGAUGGAUCAAUUUCCACAUAAGGAAUAGACAACUUCUACAAAUCACGAUUAUGCAGUAUGACUAGGUCAAUGGACAAAUCAAAGUACAUAUAAAUGUAGGUCUUAAACCUUUUAAGUGCUUAAGGUUAAGUUCUGUUGAGAUUUUCGCAUUUAUAGUCAAGGAACUUAAGUUAUUUGUUCUAUGUGGUUAAUAACAAUAAUAAUGUUGUUCUAUUUAUAUUAUCUUUUAGCUCAGGUUUGUCUCGUUUAUCUAAAAUUUAACAUUCGUGAACACAGUACGAUAUAUUGUAUAUGCGUUCCUUGCUUAAUUUUAUUUUUAACCACUUGUGCCUUCUGAAUUUACUUAUACGUAGUUAUAUAUAUUAAAAAAAAACAUGUCAUAAACCUCUUACCAAACCUUACACUAUGCUUCAGGAGA